CCUUGAUGCCAUCUGCCACGAUUAUUCCUGGAACCACGACGACGACGCGACGACGAUAACGAGGACAGUUCAUAAUGUCGGUAGCGACGGCGACGGUGCUGCCUCGUGAGCGCAGGUUCCCCCACCUGCUUCCCCCAGUGCCUCGUACACAUCCUAUGCCACUGCGAAAUGCCGGCUACGAGCCCAUGUACGGUCGUAUGAAUGAAUACCGCGACCUUCAACGUGAGAUGGACGAGCUGAGUGAAGAGGAACACGAGCUAGAGGAAAUGGACAAUAAUAUCCGUAUCCGCGGUUUCAAGACCAUCGUACCCAUCGGACGGGUCAAAACACAGCAAGAAGAGAAGCAAGAGGCAGAUGAAGCCACUCCAGAAGAUGACGAAGGUUCUGCUAUCUCUGGUGGCCCUCCGUCUGUAAUGGAAGGCGAUGAUGAGGAAGAGGAGGAAGAGGAAGAAGAAGAGGUUGAUUUGGAUGCUAGUAUGGAAGAUUUGGACGAAGGGUCAAGCGAAGAAGAGGAGGAAGAGGAACAAGACCUGGACAUGGACGUCCCCGAGGAUAUCGACGCCACACACUCAUUUUAGUGGGAAAACAUUAAAGAAUACUCUGACAGCGGUCAACGAAAUCUCGACCCCAGUUCCUCGAACGCCUCUUCGAGCUCAAUUCCACGGUUUAACGUUUAUUUUCCAAAGUAGCAAUAAACUGAGCCUCGCUAGUCAAUGCCAACCAAUUGACAUCCCGUUCCCCCGAAGCCGAGUCGUGUACUUUGAAUACUUGUAAUAGCGAAUGAGCUACGUAAAAGCUCAAUAUUUUGGCUUACAAUAUUUGACGAGUAAUUUGUAAAGACCUCGUAAUAAGACCAACUGUUGCUCACCCUGACC